AUGGAUCCUGAUGUUGCCCGUUUGCCUGUAGUUUACGAACCAAGAAUGUUUUACGUUGUAAAAAUUGGUUUAGGUACGUUUCCUGGUAGACGAAAGUCAUUCAUGCAUUACUAUUUUAUGAUUGAUACAGGUAGUGAUCAAACAUGGCUUCAGUGCAAAGGUGCCACUAAAGCUUUCACUCAAGAUAUGCCACUUUAUCCUUGGAAUUCGUCAACUACAUAUCGUCAUGUUGCUUGUAAUACACAUCCUCUUUGUAAGGGAGAUAAACGCAAUAUUGAUGGUCAAUGCACUUACAUAGCAAGCUAUAUUACUGGAUUAGUUACAUCUGGUAUUUUUGCUGAAGAAAAACUCACUAUAGGCUCCGACGCUGGUGGUCUUGAAAAUAUUAAAAUACACAUGGGUUGUGGUUUUCUCCAAGAGAAUUUCGAAAAAUUUAUUGGAUAUAAUCAUUUAUAUGGCCAACCUGAUCUUAUUGCAGGAAUACUCGGCUUAGGGUCGGGACAAUGGUCUUUCCUAAAUCAAUUAGGUGAUGCUGGAAAAGGAAAAUUUUCUUAUUGCUUCGAGACGUUUAACCCGAAUAUUGAGGGAUCAGAUACAUAUUUAAGGUUUGGUGCAGAUGCAAAAAUUGGAGGUGCAGGUCAAAAAGUAUAUACAACUCCCAUUGUUGUGCCUAAGUUUCGAACGCAACUCUAUUACUUAAAUCUAGAAGAUAUUAGUGUAGGCAACAAAAGAGUAAGAUUUUCUAGAGGUACUUUCAAGCUUAGUAGUAAAGCAGAAGUCGGUACUGCUAUAGAUUCUGGUACCCCAAUAUCCAUUAUGUAUAAGGAUCAUUUUGAUAGAGUUGCAGAUUUGAUGAAGGAACAUUUUAACGAGUUCGACAUUGAAUAUAUUGGUUCUCACCAAAGUUUUGACGUUUGUUUCCGCCUACGGGAAAAUAUCCUUCUAUAA